AUGCCGAGGAGGAAGCAGCAGGCCCCCCGGCGCUCGGCAGCUUAUGUUCCCGAGGAAGAAUUGAAGGCGGCAGAAAUAGAUGAAGAAAACGCGGAGGAGGAUGGGCUCUCCCUGGACAUUCAGGAAGGUGACUACGUGGGCGGCGACGACGCCGAGGUCAAAGAGGCCCCGAGCUACCAGGACUCCCCCAUCAGCACGGCCACCAACCAGGACGCCGGCUACGGGUCACCUUUCAGCGAAAACAGCGACCAGCUGGCCCAUUUCAAAAGCUCCUCCUCCCGAGAAGACAAAGAGGACCCGCAGGGCCCAGACAGCGCCUCCUACCCCCAGGACAGCCUGGCCCAGAUCAAGGCCGUCUACGCGAACUUGUUCUCGGAGUCCUGCUGGUCCAGCCUGGCGCUGGACUUAAAGAAGUCCAGCUCGACCACCAGCAGCAACGAUGCGGGCCCCAAGGAGAGCUCCACCCCCACCCCCACGCCCCCCGCCACGACGGUGGCGGCGGCGGGCACCACCACUGGCACCACCGGGACCACCGCCAGCACACCCAGCUCCAGCACCAGUUCCAGCAGCACCAGCUCCAGCACCAGCACCAGCACCAGCGGCGGCGGCGGCUCAGGCUACGACUGGCACCAGGCCGCGCUGGCCAAGACGCUGCAGCAGACGUCCACGUACGGGCUGCUGCCCGAGCCCAGCCUGUUCAGCACCGUGCAGCUCUACCGGCAGAACAACAAGCUGUACGGCUCGGUGUUCACGGGCGCCAGCAAGUUCCGCUGCAAGGACUGCAGCGCCGCCUACGACACGCUGGUGGAGCUGACGGUGCACAUGAACGAGACGGGCCACUACCGCGACGACAACCGGGACAAGGACUCCGAGAAGACCAAGCGGUGGUCCAAGCCCCGGAAGCGCUCCCUGAUGGAGAUGGAAGGGAAGGAGGACGCCCAGAAGGUGCUCAAGUGCAUGUACUGCGGCCACUCCUUCGAGUCCCUGCAAGACCUGAGCGUCCACAUGAUCAAGACUAAGCAUUACCAGAAAGUGCCUCUGAAGGAGCCAGUACCAGCCAUCACCAAACUGGUCCCUUCCACAAAAAAGCGGGCCCUGCAGGACCUGGCAUCCCCGUGCUCCCCCGAGCCAGUGGGGGUCGCCGCUGAGGCCGCCCUGAGCGAGUCAGCCAAGGACCAGAAGACCGCCAACCCCUACGUGACGCCCAACAACCGCUACGGCUACCAGAACGGCGCCAGCUACACCUGGCAGUUCGAGGCCCGCAAGGCGCAGAUCCUCAAGUGCAUGGAGUGCGGCAGCUCCCACGACACCUUGCAGCAGCUCACCGCCCACAUGAUGGUCACCGGCCACUUCCUGAAGGUGACCACGUCCGCCUCCAAGAAGGGGAAGCAGCUGGUGCUGGACCCGGUGGUGGAGGAGAAGAUCCAGUCCAUCCCUCUGCCCCCCACCACGCACACCCGGCUCCCCACCCCCCACGUCAAAAAGCAGCCCGACUCGCCGGCGGGGUCCACGGCCUCCGACGAGAAGAAGGAGCCGGACAAGGAGAAGGCGCCGGCUGUGGGGGACACGGAGAAGAAGAUCAAGGAGGAGAGCGAGGACGCCCCCGAGAAGUUUGAGCCCACCACGCUCUAUCAGUACCUCCGUGAGGAGGACCUGGACGACAGCCCCAAGGGCGGGGUGGACAUCCUCAAGUCCCUGGAGAACACGGUCUCCACGGCCAUCAGCAAGGCCCAGAACGGCGCGCCCUCGUGGGGCGGCUACCCCAGCAUCCACGCGGCCUACCAGCUGCCGGGCGCCGUGAAGCCGCUGCCGGCCGUGCAGAGCGUGCAGAUGCAGCCGUCCUACGCCGGCAGCAUGAAGCCGCUGUCCUCGGAGCACAACGCGUUGCUGCACUCCCCGGGGAGCCUCACGCCGCCGCCCCACAAGAGCAACGUGUCGGCCAUGGAGGAGCUGGUGGAGAAGGUCACGGGCAAGGUCACUGUGAAGAAGGAGGAGAGGCCUGUGGAGAAGGAGAAGGGCUCCCCGGCCAAGGCCAUGUCCCCUGUGGCCAAAGAGAAUAAGGACUUCCCCAGGACGGAGGACGGCAGCAGCAGCAGCAGCAGCAGCAGCAAAACCCAGCAGAAGAAGGGCCCGGAGGCGGAGGCAGGCAAGGCCAAGAAGGAGGGUGCGGCGGAGGCCCACACCCCCAACGGCACGGAGCCGCUCAAAGCCAAAGUCACCAACGGCUGCAGCAGCCUGGGCAUCAUCACGGACCACUCGCCGGAGCCAUCCUUCAUCAGCCCCCUGAGCGCGCUGCAGUCCAUCAUGAACACGCACCUGGGCAAGGUGUCCAAGCCCGUGAGCCCCUCGCUGGACCCGCUGGCCAUGCUGUACAAAAUCAGCAACAGCAUGCUGGACAAGCCCAUCUACCCCGCCACCCCCGCCAAGCAGGCCGACGCCAUCGACCGCUACUACUACGAGAACAGCGACCAGCCCAUCGACCUGACCAAGGCCAAGAACAAGCCCCUGGUGUCCGGCACGGCUGACGCAGUCUCCUCGCCCUUGCGGGAGAGCGCGCUCAUGGACAUCUCCGACAUGGUGAAGAACCUCACCGGCCGGCUCACCCCCAAGUCCUCCACGCCCUCCACGGUGUCCGAGAAGUCGGACGCCGACGCCAGCAGCUUCGAGGAGGCGCUGGACGAGCUGUCGCCCGUCCACAAGAGGAAGGGCCGCCAGUCCAACUGGAACCCCCAGCACCUUCUCAUCCUGCAGGCCCAGUUCGCCUCCAGCCUGCGGGAGACGCCCGAGGGGAAGUACAUCCUGUCGGACCUGGGCCCCCAGGAGCGGGUGCACAUCUCCAAGUUCACGGGGCUCUCCAUGACCACCAUCAGCCACUGGCUGGCCAACGUCAAGUACCAGCUGAGGAGGACAGGCGGGACCAAGUUCCUGAAAAACCUGGACACAGGGCACCCUGUGUUCUUCUGCAACGAUUGUGCCUCUCAGUUCAGAACUGCGCCCACGUACAUCAGCCACCUAGAGACGCACCUGGGCUUCAGCCUGAAGGACCUCUCCAAGCUGCCCCUCACCCAGAUCCAGGACCAGCAGAGCGUCUCCAAGGUCCUGGCCAACAAGGCCGUGGGUCCGGUGGGGGCUGCCGAGGACGAUCUGGGCUCCACAUUCCAGUGUAAGCUGUGCAACCGGACUUUUGCGAGCAAACACGCAGUCAAACUGCACCUUAGCAAGACCCACGGCAAGUCCCCCGAGGACCACCUGAUCUACGUGACAGAGCUGGAGAAACAGUAA